AUGGCAAUAGCACAAACGACCACCAUCUUCUUCUCUGCCAUCACCAUCAUGCUCUUUUCCUCGUCAAUUGUUGCUCAUACUAGCGGUGAUGUUGAUGGCAAGCCGAAGGCAGCCGAUUUCGUGACAGAAGCGUGCAAGAACGCUACAGCCAACUACGACAAAGAAAUCCACCUCACAGAGAAAUUCUGUGUCUCGACCCUCCGGUCGGACAAGCGGAGCGAGAAGGCAAAGGACCUUCGUGACCUGGCACUCAUUGGCGUAGACAUCCUCAAAGCACGUGUCGUCACCGCCAACGGUAAGGUCCAAGAAAUGUUGCACAAAGCCAAAACUGGCACGUCGAUGGCACGCCGCCUCACUUUCUGCAAGCUGGACUAUGACGUGAUGGUAAGCAUCACGAAUGUCUGCACCGCCUUGUUGAAGAACUACCGUGGCCCUGGCGGCGGUGACAACGAUGGACCGGCAUCUUUUGAGCUCCCACAAUGUGUGGAGCAGGCGAACACCCUCAGUGGUUACUGCGCGUACGAGCUUAUUGAUAUACCGGGGCUUCGUGCGUUGUUCAACGAAAAUCUUGACAUGAGUAUGCUGGCCCACCUCAACAUGGCCUUGCUGGCACCAUAUACAGACGACGAUUCAUAA